AUGAAUGGUUUUACUCCCCGUGUCGAAACUCGAGCGAAUUGUUAUAAUCUUACAAAGUUAAAAAAGGAGGUGAUUGUUCAAUAUAUACUUGAUAUAGAUAAUAGAGGGUUUCCACCUAAAAUUAAAGGUGUGGAAGAUAUGGCGAAUUAUAUUCUUGAAUCAAGAAAUGCGAAGAAAAUUGGAAAGCUUUGGGCUCAUCGAUUCGUAAAGCGUUAUAUAAUAUUAGAGAUAUAUUUUAGUCGUGUUUAUGAUUUUCAAAGAGCUCUUUGCGAAGAUCCCAAGCUUAUUGAAGAGUGGUUUAAAUUGGUAUCGAAUAUGCAAGCAAAAUAUAGUAUUCUCGAUUAUGAUUUCUACAAUUUCGACGAAACCGGCUUUAUGAUGGGUAUAAUAUAUCCCGAAAUGGUUGCUACAGCGAUUAUAUAUGGUAAUGGGGAGGGUGAAACUAUACCCCUAUUUCUGAUGAUUCAAGGACAGGUUCAUCUUUCCAAUUGGUAUACCGAAACCGAUUUUCCUGCGGAUUGGGUUAUUAAACCUAUUUCCAAUAGAUGA